CGUCAGUUUGACGCCGCGUGCGAGCGCAUACAGAUCCGUCGCGAUCGUCGACUCGCGCGCGCGAGAGGGAGAAAGGACUGGGGGAAAACUGAGAGAAAGUUCGCUGUUCUUCCAGGGAAUCGUCGUAAAAUGAUCGCCGGCAGGGCGAGUCCGCAUACACGAUCCGUCGAUCCAACUUGAAGCUCGAUGAGAGAGCCGAUCGAGAGGCGCGAAAGAAAGAAAAGCACGCCGUCAGAGAUUCGCUGCUCGUAAUGUAAGCGACUUAACUGUCCACUUAAUUGCACGGGGCGUAUGCGCGUGUGGUGCGCGUUAUACAAACGAUUACGAUUGUUUGGGCAAACAGGCGGACAAGCGAGGAAGUAAUUGACUAACGGGGCAAAUAAAUAUGUGUAUGGUCUAUAACAAUUAGGUGCGCAGCAAUGUUUGGAACGUCAACACUGUCAUUAAUCGCUAGUGGGACAAAACGGCGACGACUCACGCCAAUGGGUGAACUGGCCGCGUACCUAUUUUCCGUUAAAAUAUCAUCAAUACGCUGCGAAUGCCUGUACUUCUCGCCGCGGCAUAAUUGCGCCGCGCGGCAGCAACGUACGAUAUAACGCGAGUGUGUCGUAAUGACGUAUAAAUACGAUGACGUGUGUGAGAAUCGCAAAAAUCGGGAAUUGAAAGCGACAGAUCGGGACACGUCCGUACCGCCAGUGAAAAAUGUCGAAUUUUAAUUACAAUUUUGCAUUCGUGUGAAAUCGCGCUGCCGAAGAAACGGGGGGGGAUUCGUAUCAAUGGGGGAGCUUUUUGUCGCUCUGAAUCGCGGCCGGCAGCGAUUCCGCGGUAAUUAUAUACGCGCGAUUAAACUGUCGAUCAAUCAUAAGCGAUAUGACCGUGUCCGGAGAUCGGUCGGGUAGAUCGAAUCAGUGUGCGACAACCUCGAUGUACCGAGCAGAGGCUUUCGGCUUUGAACAUUUUUCAACACAUUCGCCGAUUCUCCCGAUCGAUCCUGCGAUGCAUUAGCGGCCGAGGGGUCUUCGUUAAACUCCGAUCCACACGAGCAUCGUGCAAAAAUCGCCUGAGGGGGAGUAUCUGCGUGGAAAUCGGAUUACCGCGCGCGCGAGAGAGAGAGUGGGAGAUACGUCUCGAUUAGUGGCCCGCGCAAAAACACUUCACGCGCGGCCUGAUCUCUCAAGAGCAACGAGAACGGAUCACCGAAAGAUCGAUUUCCCACGAAGAUAUCCACCGUUGAGAGCCCGCCGUGUACGUGAAACGUGAGCGUGAGUUCUGCUGGCGAAGAAAAAAAAAAAGAGCAAACAUUGAAAUAGAGCUAGUUUCGGGCGGAGGAUAAGUUGAUUGUGGAGAUGCCGAGAGGAGCUAUUAAGUAUCGGAUCUAUUAAGGGCUACCAUCCAUUAAGGACCAUAAAGUCUUAGAGAGAUGUAAGAUUGCGUGGAGAUUCCGAGGAUGCUCUCAGCAGCCAGGACCUAUUAAAUACGGUGAGGAAGGAGCUGCGAGAUUGCGAAGAUGUUAGAGAGCCAUUCUCAUUGGCAAUAGGACUUAAAUUAAGUACCGGAGGAGUUCGGGGCGGGAAAUGUAAAAGUCGUUAAAUGAAAAUCCUUAUCUUCAAUGAUCUCGUAAACUAUCGCUGUUGUUAGUAGCGCGAUUAUAGAAGCGGACGUUGCAAAUGCGCGACUGUCGCGUGAGAAAUUCAACACCCGAAGUUGUAACGCCGAAAUUACGCUGAUCUCGAGAAGUAUUGUAAUAUAACCAUAUAUAUAUAUGUUAUCGGGAAGAGAUGGAUGACGGUCAUUUAAUGGAGACGUUGAAAUUAAUUACGGAGGCGAGGAGAGAAUGUUAAAUUGAUCUCAAGAAACAUAUAAUUGCGCCCUAAUGUAUCAAGCAUGUCACGUUAUCGCGAGCAGCUGUUGCGAGCCGUUGUUGUUACACGCGAACGAUAAUCACGUCGUGGAGAUGUCGGGAUUGAGAUCGAUCAGGCACGAGGAAACGUGCCGUCGCGAGUGGAUGUAACAAGCGGACGGUUUGUCGCGAACGGGAAGAUGAGCGGCUGAAGAUGAGUGCGUCAGGCAUCUGGUGCGCGCUCAUCCUGCUCACGUUCACGCAAGAUUCCCUCGCCAGCCACCACGAGAAGGUACCGCAGAUCGAGAGGCCGAAGGAGUGCCUGCGUCAUCAGCAGAACCACCGCUCGACGGCCGCUUUCGUCGACCGCAAGCUCAUCGUCGAUCCGACGGAAUUCCACGCCGCUGAGAUCCGCCCGACGAUUAUUCAUCCGAUCGCGGAAAUCGCUCAUACGGGGGCUGUGGCGGUGGCGGCGGCGGCGGCAGCGGCGGCGGCAGAGACGUUGAAUCGCCGCUCGGAAAAUCGUCCGAUAAUCGCGCGAGAUCGCGCCGUGAAUCUCUUCCGGCCGACGGAGAUCCAUUCCGCGCACGAGAAUCGUCUACGCGCGGAAAAUUAUCCCCCCGAAGUACUCUCGACCUCGGAGAAUCUCGCCGGAAUCGUGGCGAUACGCUCGGCGGAGAUUCUUCCGACGUCGGCACGUCAUUCCGCGGAAAUCGCCGUCGUCGAGCCCGGGAAGGUUCUUCGCGCCUCCUCGGCUGAACAACUUGGCACGGAAGUUGCGGGACAGCGAGCGGCGAGAAUCCGUCCCGCGGAAGAGCGUCGUUCCGCGGAGGAAGUUUCGCCGACGGGGAUCCGGCCGUUGGAGAUUCUCUGGACGGAGAUCGAGCAGGUGGAUAUGUCGAGCAUCGAGAGAUCGCAGAUCCGUCACGGGAGAUCCAGGAGCCAUUUCGCGCGUCAGAAGAUCGAGGAUACCGCGAGGGAUAGCACGAAGAAUGCGGCAAAUAGGAUCAAGCCCGACGUUCGCGAGGAUCACGAGAGUCGCUUCGAGACGCGCCAAGUGGAAAAAGUAAGUGAUUUUCUGGAAGGAUCCGUUUCACCGAAGCGUAAUCAUUCUUGGCUUCUUGAGCGAAAUUUCUCAAAGGAUAACUCGGUCAACGGCCAAUCUCUCGAUCGAAUUGAGAAUAAUGUAUCGGAGGGGCUGGAAAGUUUACUCAAGCUGUAUCAGGGUAAGAAAGGAAGCGUUAUCGAAGAAAAUUCCGCUCUUCCUCUCAUGCGUAAUCUUUCUUGGCUGAUUGAACAGAAUAUAUCCAAAGAUAAUACGAAUAACCGACCCAUGGAUCAGAUCAGGGAUGAGGCUCGGAAGGAUCUCCAAGAUACACUCAAAAUGCAUUAUUCGGAGAACCACGGUGUUCUGCGCUCGAGCCCCGAUUCCCUCAAAAGCUCUUACAAGGACGACCCCAUGAGUAAAUUGAGGAAGGCAAUGUCCUUAAAUAGGACCGUUGCGCCGGCAACGAUCGACCGUAAUACAACGGAGACCCUCGGCAUCGAUGCGCUCGAGGAUACCAGCGAAUCCACUCGUGAUCUCGAGGAAGAGAUCUCGCAAGACGUCGUGCUGGAUUACACGAGUUACGAGGAACCGACGAACAACGUCUCGUCGUCCUCCUCCUCGUCGUCGUCGUCGUCGUCGUCGUCGUCGUCGUCGUCGUCGUCGUCCGACCAGCAGUCGUCGACUCGCAGAAGGCCACAGGCCGCCCAGGUCGACAUCGUGACGCGUUUUCUGCGAAUAAUCGAGAACCAACACACCCUAGGUGAGAACUGCACUGCGGGCACCGAUUUGAACCUCGGCGAGGGCGUGGUGGACCAAUAUGCGCAGGAGAGAUUUCGUCUGGAGGCGGAAUUUGCCGUGAAUCGUGCCAACAUGCUCACCCGGCUCUGGAAGUACGCGCCGGAAGUGAUGCUGUCCUCCGAGUAUCUGCUACACGCGAGCGUUCUCUCGAUGGUCGAGUUUGACGAGGACAUCUUCGCCGCCGGCAAUUGUUACGACAAGUUGCAGUACCGGGAUCGGUGGUUGUACUGCCCGUUCGCCCAUCGGCUGCCCAACCAGGACGGCAUCCUCGUCAAGGACCUCGCGAUCCAGUACAAGUACUUGAGCAACAGCAGCGAGUGGUUCUUCAUCGCCAGGAAAAAUGCCGAGAGGGUAAUUGCCAGUUACGAGCAGUUCAGUCGAGGAUUCCACACCUACACGUUGAACGAAAGCGCGCACACAGAAAGGGAGGAGGACGAAAUCUUGACAGUGAAAUACGAGGAUGGCAGAUGGUCGAAACCGUAUUACGACUGCGGGGGUGGCAAUAUCUGGAUGCUGACCUACACUGUACCCUUCUUCGGAUACAUCAACGAUACCUACUUCUUCAAGGGCACCAGUGGUAUCGACAUAGACCUGCGCCGGGUAGACAUAGAUCAGUGCCCGUUGCCGGCUGGGUCCACGCAGCUCAACAUAUUCGCCGCCAGCGACAAGUGCAAAAAGCGCACCACCGAGUGCAUCGCCAUUCCUGGGCUUGGCUUCCGCCGCGGUAGUUAUCGAUGCGUUUGCAAACGAGGCUUCUACUACCCGGACACGAAAUCGGACAAGAGGUACUACAAUGGCACGGUCAUUGAGGAAGAGUACGAGAGAUUGAUGAUGGGUGAGAAGAGCCAAUAUGCCGAGAGCGGGGUGUUCGAAUGCCUGCCUUGCGCCGAGGGAUGCGAGUUCUGCGAGGACGGCUCGCCGUGCGUCGUAUCCCUGAACUGGCUGAUGCGAACGGCGAUACUUAUCCUGGAGUGCUGCAUCAUCGCUUGCCUGCCAGCCGUCGCUCUUUUCACAUGGAAAUACGGGCAUGUGAAGGUGGUGCGAGCGGCCAGCCCGGUUUUGUUGCGCGUGAUUGUCCUGGGCGCCUUCUUCAUAUACUGCACGACCAUAGUUAUGUAUCCCAGGCCAAACAUCAUCACGUGCACUGUACGAGUAUGGCUACGAGAAAUAGGCUUUUCUCUCACAUACGGGGCACUCAUGCUCAAAACGUGGCGGAUAUCCGUGAUCUUCCGAGUGAAAUCGGCGAAGGCCGUGAAAAUAACGGACGCGAGCCUGCUGAAGCGGCUCGGCAUCAUCGUCCUGACGUUCAGCGUGUUCCUGAGCAUAAGGACACUGGUCGCACCGCCCGUCGUGAUCGUCGCCCGGACCGCCGACGAUCUCAAAGCGUAUCUCUGCCGAACUGACUGGUGGGACCACAGCUUCACUACUCUCGAGGUGAUGUUCCUCGUGUGGGGCAUCCGAUUGUGCAUCGUAGUAAGAAAGACUCCGUCGGAGUUUAAUGAGAGCCGAUUCAUUUCAAUGGCGAUUUACAACGAAUUUCUACUAUCAGUCUUCCUCAACGUUUCAAUGUUGUUCCUGCAAUCGCCGGCCAAUCCGGAUUUAUUGUACAUCAUAUUUUUCUGCCAUACCCAGCUUACCGUCACAUUGCUGCUCUGCCUGAUAUUCGGCAGUAAAGCUUACGUGGUGUUCCGCGACGGAGGGAAGGAAGAGACGAUCGGCAAACUUUGCGGCGCGACCGGCAAGUUCUUGGGGAAAAGCAGUCGUCCGCAGGGUACUAGUAACCAGACCAACUCGAUAUCGCUUCAGCAGGGUAAUUUCGCCGAAGAAAGCGACUCUGUCACGGAGGAAUUCCGCCGUUUGCUCAACCAGUUAGAGGUCCUGAAGGAGAAGAACAUAUUAUUAGGAAAUCAGGAGCUAUCCAGGAAACUGGCAGCUAUGCUGGACGCUUCGAAUCGAGUUGAGGCUCAAGUAUCGACUAUUCAAGCCAUUUCGACCAGCAUCGUUCAAUUGAAUGAUCUCAAUAAAUCGACGAAAGAAACUAAUCUCGGAGUUUGUCAGGAGGAGGCUCGGGAAGGAAACGGUUCUCGGGGCGAAAAUCGAUGUCGGGCGUGUAUUGAGAAAAACGGGCUCGGGAGAAAGGAUGUGCGGGAUACGUCGAAGGAUAAUGAGACACCGGAGUCGAGGAAAAUCGGGAAAGACAUCGCCGUAUCAACAUCCUCGAAGCACGCUGUCGAGGACGUCGGCAGGGAAGUGUGUCACGGGAAGGAUGGCAAGGAAGCCGAUUUGAAGGACAAAUCCAGGAGCAAAUCCGGUCACGCUAGAACGCACGCCAUAGUUAUCAACCUCGAUGACAAAAGCAGGUUCUCCGAGGAAGUUACCGUGUAAUGCGUUAUACUUAAGUGACAAAUAAACGGUUAAAAUAAACGCAGUUUUCCGACGUUUCUGUAAUUGACGAUCACGAGUGAAAUGUUCUUCAUCGUCCUCAUUGGAAGUUACGAUUAUCGAUCGCAGACUUUCGACAAAGAAAAGAAAAAAACGUUGACAUUACCCGACAGCAAUUAAUUAAUAUGGAAUUCUCCACGAAAUAAAAAUUAAUGAAGAGAUUUUUGCCCGUUAUCAUUAUGACAAUAAUGAUAAUUCGUUCCAUAAAAACACAAUAAAAAAAAUUCUCUAGUUCGUUCGAAUUCAUAAAUUUAUACCAUGAAUAAUUUAAACCGACAUCUUGAAAGAAGUUUUUCUGAAUUAAUAAGGUUGAUUAAUAUCUCUCGAUUGUCGAGCGUAAUUAAUAAUUCCAAUGACAGGUUGGACAUUUUUAACGUCGAAGAAUGUCUCCGAGGAUCGAUUGGAAUGAUUCGCUGAAACAAUGAUUGAUCCGAAUGAAAGUUAAUUAAACGACCGUUUAGUCAUCGUGAAUAAUAACUGUUCGCAUGUUAACGAGAGAGAGUCGCGGCACAUAUCGAUUUUUCAUAUUUCGGUGUAUAUCAAGUAUCCGUGAAGUAACAAAAAAAAAAUUAUUAACUAUUAGAUUAAUCACGUCGUUUGGCAUUUUCGAGCGAGACCGAUCGCGAUUCUAGUGCGUCAUUAAUGAACCGUUCAUUAACCCUUAGGGAGUAAUCUACCCUUUCCAGCAACAAAUCGAUCUCAGGCCACGGGCUUUCCAAGAUCAAAAUGUGCUUCGUCAGCGUGUUCGCGGAUCACGAGAUAGCCUGCACCUGUAAUUAUAUAUUAAUGUAAAAGCAAGUUGAAAUGAUAAGGCUCAUUAACCCUUUCCAGCUCUCAGAUACUACACGGUGUUAUUAAAAUUAUAAGAUCGUUUUAAUUAAAUUCCUAAAAAACGUGUUAAAUAUAUGCAUAUAUUUAUGAAUGUGUAACAUAAUAUAUCGUGUUAUAUAAUUACAAUAUAAUUAUGUAGUGUAAAAUAAUACGAAAUGUGCAUUAAAUUGUCACAUGAUGUUACAUUAUAUUGUAUUAUAUUUGUUAGCAAUAUUGUAUUAUAUUACAAUUAAAGAUUAUGACUAAAAGAAAAAAGGUAUAUACAUAUAAAUAAAUGUAAGUAUAAAUUUAUUUAGGGAAACAAAUUUGCGAUGUAAAGAUAAUUUGGGCUUGAAAGGGUUAAUAGAAACGAUUUUUUAUGCUAGCUUUUUUUUUGCUAACAACCUUAUAUGCCAUGUGCAGAUGUCGUGCAAUGAUUCGCUCAAUAAAUGUGCAAAUAUUUUAAUUGUUAUACAUUUAAAUAACAAUUCGUGGAAGAACGCUUGGGAGCUGUAUUUUAUUAUUCCUAAAUGCUCAAGUCGUUUAAAGUUUGACGAAUUGUUUGCUUCUUGAAAUUUCAAGCUUUACUUGUCGAAGUUCUUCAAUUUCGAAAUCAUCAAUCUUCAUUAAUUUUUUAAUGAAUGUUUAAUAUCUCAUUUAUUACUUAUUUCCUACGUAUGAAAAAUUCUUUAUUAAACAACUAUAAAUAUCUCGCUUCGUUUUUCUCCGAUAACAAUUUAUAUAAACAGUGUGGAAAUACUUCAUGUGCUUGUACAUUGCUCACUUUGACGUGAAUAUUACUUUAAUAAUUACCAUCGUUAACCGUGUAGCUUACUGUAUAGUUUAAGUGAACGCGUUGUAUUGUAAAUAAUAAAAUGCAUAAUUAAUCAAUUAAUAAAGACGAGAUGAAUGAAAUUCA